AUGGACGCUGCCGACAUCUUUCGUCAAGGGCUGGGCUCUAUGGUACAGAGACCGCCCCUGAAUUAUUUCCCCAGGAAACCUCCAAUCCCUGUCGCCCACCACCGAGACGACCUCGAGAGCGAUGCGGUCCAUCGAAUUGCGCAUACAUUGACGGCGUGCUGCAGAUGCAGGCAGCGCAAAACAAGAUGCGACCCUACUCUACCCCGAUGUUUGCCCUGCGAGCGCUCCGGGUCGACCUGCGAAUACUUUGACACGACAAAGGGAAAGAAGAUCAGCCGGUUUUACGUGGUCAAGCUCCAGGAAAAGGUGCGACAGCUUGAGGCCGACCUGUCCCAGUUCACUGACGAGGACAACGAAUACCCGCGCAACAAUGAAGAGAUGGUGCGCCCCGGCGGCAUGGUGCGCCUCAACGAGACGGACGAGACACCGCGGUAUUUGGGGCCGAGCAGUGGCAUUGCCAUGACCAGGCUGUUGAUGGAAGAGGCCAAGCGCUACACCGAGUCCAACAGGAUAGCAGACCUCAUCCCCGAGGUUCGUGAAAGAAGGAUAGAUCGUUCCAAUCGCAUGCAGAGUGUCGUGAGCAUGGCGGGCAGUAUUAGCGGACCUGCGGGCAGGAAGAAGAGCUAUCCAAUGGUUAGUGCCUAUCCUGCGCCGGGCUUGCCCAGCAGGCAUGUUGCCGACAAGCUGGUCGAAAUCUUCAACCAAAGAGCCCAUAUCUUUACUCCCACCCUACACGAAAAGAUAUUUGCAGAUGAUCUCAAUGCCGUGUUUGUCGGCGAUACGGAUCCGUACAAAAAUUUUGUUGUGCGGAUGGUCAUGGCAAUUAGUCUGCAGAAGCUCGACACCCAGUAUGCUGGGUUGGCAGAUAGCUACUACCUUGCCGCUAUGCAGCAGUUUGAAGAGGUUGUGCGCCCCAAGGACCUCAGGACGUUGCAGUGCCUGGUUCUAAUCGGCCAAUAUUCUCUCUUGACCCCGACUCGGACGGCCGUCUACUAUGUGAUCGGACUUGCGACUAGAAUAUGCCAGCAGAUGGGUCUCGGCGAGGAGAAGACGAUCGCCCUCGGAAUCUCAGAUCCUCAAACGCUGGACAUGAGGAGAAGGCUUAGCUGGAUCGUUACUACCAACGAGUUUGGCCUGUCCCAUAUAAUGGGCAGGCCCAAUGGCUUCGCUAAAGGGGACGAUCUCAUGGACGUCAAUUUUUUCGAAACAGUCGGCGACGAGGAUAUUACACCAGAGGGUAUUCGUCAAGGACCCAUUUGCGAGAAGAAAUUAGUUGCGAUACACUUCUGCAAGAUGCGGCUUUUGCAGGCAGAGCUUAGGAGAAUGCUCUACGAAAAGUCGAGGCCGGAACCGAAUCACGAAAGCCACCCAUGGUUCAUCCAGAUGGAACAAAAGCUCGAGAAGUGGCGCAAUACAGCCCCGGAAAAGCCGGAAUGGUGCAAGCCCUGGUUCACUGGGCGUUAUUACAGCAUGAUUAUCUCUCUAUAUCGGCCAUCCCCUCAGGUCCCGAAGCCAACCAGCCGCGCCGCAAUGAAAUGCUUCGAUGCUGCGAAUUAUAUCAUCAACCUGUCAAGCCAACAAGUGUCCAAGGCGGCCGUAGACAUAACGUGGAUAUUCUUGCUGAGCCUCUAUUCGAGCCUUAAUGCCUUGCUUUGGACAGUUUCUUACCGCGAGGUUCGCGAAAAACACCCGAGGGAAGAAUUAGAAAAGCUGGUAGACGAGGCUGUGGCCAUCAUCGAUCAGUGUUCUAACCGGUGGCCUGGCUCGUCAUCGGCCUCGCAACUCUACACAGUGCUUUCCAGGGCCUGUCUUCAGAGUUACGACGCGAUAAUCGAGACGCCUAUCCUUUCGGGGGCUAGUGAUAUCUUUAACACGCCGUCUUCGUUUGCCGAUGCAAGCUCACCCGACUCCGAGGUUUCUAUUCCUAACAACCUUUCGACAGGCUCUUCGCCUCACCAAGCUCAAAACCAAUCGGCAUCGCUCUUCAAUACGUCCCCUUUUGGUUAUGUGUUUAACUCCACCCCAGAGGACAUGGCAGCCCAGUUCGCUUUUGAUCCCAACUCCCCGUUCCAAAACCAGCCUGCUUUCCGUUCAAACUCCAUCUUUUUCAACCCAGCAACCGAUCCUAACGGCCGCCGUUUCUCCUAUUUUCCCCCAGACUUUACCCAUUCAAACGAGGGGCAUGGACCGGACCGGAUGGAAGAUCUCUCGCCACCAGGAACAUCCAUACCACGCAAUGGUCUGACACCGCCCCCAAUAGCCAGAAUGUACAACACUCAUCCGUCGCCCGGCAUUCCCUCUGUCUCUGCUGCUGCCUUGCCAACGCCCCCGGAGUCACUUGCGCCUCCUUCUGCCAACCCUAGUAGCACAAGUCUUUCUCCGCGGCUAAACGGAGCAUCAAUUAGAACUGCGAGCCCCACACCAACCCCGACACUGCCCCAUGCGAGCCCUGUGCCCCUGUCUCUCCAGGCCAGCCCGUCACCGGUACCAGGAUUGAAGUUUGAGGCCACAGACUUUGGCCAGCCGCACCAGAUGAAGCAGCAGCAACACGCCCAGCAGCUUGGAAUGCCGCCCCCGAGGACCCCCGCCUUUACGAUACCUCCCCCGCGGCAGCCAAACACCCAGCAGCGCGCACUUCCAACCAUGGUGACGGACUGGUUCAACCCGCCCCCGCCCUUCAUCUCGCCCCACGCGUUUUCCAGCGGCGGAGGCGGCGGUGGAAUGAACACAGGCUACUGGGGAGACGGCGCGGUUGCGGCGACAUCGUCCCCGUUUUCGGAUCUCGGCUUUGGAAGCGGCGGCAGCGGCAGCGGCGAUAGCUACACGGUGGGCAACGGUCGAGGGGUAGCCGGCGGCCCGCCGCCCAGCGGUCUGGGCGUCUCGAGCGCCGGUCUCAUGGAUAGCGGGUUUGGCGCCAUGUUCACCGGCGCAGCUGGCUUGGGUGACCAAUAUUCGUUCUCGCAAGAGCGACAUGGUAGCCUCAGCCAGGAGCAGCAGCUCGAGCUCAUGGACGUGCUCGAGACCGAGGGCCUAAGCGACAUCGACACAUUUUUGAACAUGGGCAUGGGGCUUGGGGGUGGUGGUAUUAGUGAAGGUGGGGUGAGGUGGGGGUGA